GUAAGCCAACUCCAUAAGAUAGCUAUCUAUAAUGAGCUAUUUAUAAUUAGUUCAAUGGUCAAACUAAUGCAAUCUCUGGGGUCCAGUAUUAUCCUUCUCGUAUUUUGAAAAAAACUGCUUGACAAUUAAUGAGUAUGCUACAAGGGAUUUAAGAGAUUAAGGUUAGGCCCAUACAUUGGGGGGGGGGAAAGAAGAAGCUUCCCCUGAAAAAUUGCUUAAUCAUUUCCUUCUACUGCAACUGGGACCAGAGACAACACAUAGCAUGACGUCUGGCAGAUUCUAAAAGACAGUGGUCAGGGUCUGCUUCCAGUAUGCUGCUGCAAGGUAAUCAUAUGUUCCGGAGGGCGGGGAAUGCGGAGGACUGGCUUGUCUUCGUAGCUUCUAGAAUCUCUUGGUAGCGCCAUGGAUAAUAAAGUGUCAGAGCUGAAAGACCAGGGAAACAAGGCGCUGAGUGAUGGGUGGUUUGAGGAGGCUGUGCGCUGCUACACAGAUGCACUGACCCUUGACCCGUCCAACCAUGUUCUCUAUAGCAACCGCUCAGCUGCCCACGCCAAGAAGGGUGACUAUGAGAGUGCCUUACAGGAUGCCUGUAAUACCAUAGAGCUAAAACCUGACUGGACCAAGGGAUAUUCUCGAAAGGCUGCUGCUCUUGAGUUCCUUGGCAGAUUUGAGGAGGCAAAAGUGACCUAUCAGGAGGGACUCGAACUCGAGCCAACAAAUCAGCAGCUGAAGGAGGGACUUCACAGCAUGGAGGCCCGGCUAGAAGAGAAGAAGAGGAUGAACCCUUUUGCUAUGCCGGACAUGUACGAAAAGCUGGAGAAUGACCCACGCACACGCGCCCUGCUCUCCGAUGCUGGAUACAGAGCACUGAUAGAGCAGCUCAGGGAGAAGCCAUCUGAGCUUGCCAUGAAUGUACACGACCCCCGGGUGAUGACCACGCUCUCGGUCCUGCUGGGGUUCAACCUGGGUAGUGCAGCGGAGGAAACGCCCUCUCCAUCCCAACCCAAACCGCAGACUCCCCCUCCUACAGAAGAGGACGUGAUAGAUAAUAAGAGACAGGCCCUGACAGAGAAGGAACUUGGGAAUGCAGCAUAUAGAAAGAAAGAUUUUUCCACUGCACUAACGCACUAUGAAGUAGCAUUUCAGCACGACCCCACCAACAUGACCUACCUAGCCAAUCAAGCAGCUGUUUACUUUGAGACGGGGGACUUUGAAAAGUGCAGGGAGCUGUGUGAGAAGGCCGUUGAGUUGGGAAGAGAGAACCGGGAAGAUUACAGACAGAUAGCCAAGGCCUAUGCUCGAAUUGGUAACUCGUACUUCAAGCAGGAGAGUUACCCGGAGGCCAUCCAGUUCUAUAACAAGAGCCUGACUGAGCACCGCACCUCCGAAGUGCUCAAGAAGUGCCAACAGGCAGAGGAAAUUACGAAGGAGAAGGAGAAGCUGGCCUACGUCGAUCCUGAUGUGGCCCUGGAAGAGAAGGACAAGGGCAACAAUGCCUUCCAGAGGGGUGAUUAUCCUCUGGCCAUGAAGCACUACACAGAGGCCAUCAGGCGGAAUCCCCAUAACGUCAAGCUCUACAGCAACCGUGCAGCCUGCUACACCAAGUUGCUCGAGUUUCAGUUAGCCCUUAAGGACUGUGAAGAUUGUAUCAGACUGGACCCCAGCUUUAUAAAAGGCUACACUCGUAAGGCAGCAGCUCUGGAAGCCUUGAAGGACUUCACUAAAGCCAUGAUCUUCUACCAGAAAGCCAUGGAAAUCGACCCCAGAUCCAAGGAGGCCAUGGAGGGGCUGCAGCGCUGUUUGAUCAGCCAGGCGGCGCGUGACGACAGCCCGGAGGAGGCCAAAAGGAGGGCCAUGUCCGACCCGGAGGUGCAGCAGAUAAUGAGCGACCCAGCCAUGCGGCUGAUCCUGGAGCAGAUGCAGAAGGACCCUCAGGCACUCAGCGAACAUUUGAAGAACCCAGUCAUUUCCCAGAAAAUUCGGAAACUAAUUGACGUGGGGCUCGUAUCCAUCCGGUGAAUAUAGACAGGAAGGAGGCUACGAAGGAACAAUAAUUAAUCCCCCCACCCCUUUACCUUCGUUGCAUUUAAACUUAAACCGAGGGAGUUUAAGUUACACGCAUCUGUCAGCUUUACGUUGACCUCUUGAGUGAAGAAGUCACGAAACCUCAUUCAGUUUAUCUGAUAUCAUCAUAACAAACAUGCCUUUAAGCCAAUGACACGUGAGAAGCAGGGUAAGGUAUUGCAUUAUUGCUUUGGUGAGUGACUGAUAUUGUUCUAUCCAUUUACUGUCUAAGACCCAACCUCAUAGGCGAGUAAGAGGAGCAAGAGGAUUCUUUAUGAAGUAGUAGCCAUAUAUAUGAAAGGAAAACUGUUUCUGCCACAGGUAUUACACAAAACCUUAGAGCAGCCAGGGAUUCUCAGAUUAUCUUGUUUUCUCAAGGAGUCGUUAGAAGUUAGUGUGUUUUUUUGAAUUUCCUAAAUAAUUUCAUAGUCACGGAGAGUUGUUUGUAUCAGGGUGAUGGCCAGAGCAAAAUGUGGAGGCCAAAAGGAACUGCCCAAGACCCAAAGCAUCUGUGAAACAUUGUGGCGGGGGUGUUAUGGUCUGGGCAUGUAUGGCUGCCACAGGUCCUGGCUCACUUGUUUUCAUUGAUGAUGUAACAGAAUGGCUUGUGAAGUAUACAGAAGCAUCUUUUCUGCUCAAGUUCAACCAAAUGCCUCCCAAGUUUGCCGGCGCUACAUCCGACAGCAAGACAAUGAUCAUAAACAUACUACUAAGAGGAUUCUUUUCAAAGCUAAUAACUGGAAGGAUUUUGACUGGCCCAGUCAUUCAGUCCAGUCUGAAUCAUAUUGAACAUGUGUUUCAUAUGCUUAAGUGAAAACUAGGGGCAACUAGCCCCCAAAAGGUGAAGGAGCUCAAGUUGGCUGCAGUACAGGCCUGGCAGAGCAUCACCAGAGAUGCAGAGGAUAUACAACAAAGUGCUAAACAUGACUACUUUCAUUUGCAUAAUGUUAAUAUGUCCCAAAUAUUAUGAUUUAUUUUAUUUUUACUGUUUAUUGGACUGUGUGUGACCUAAGCAGAGUCCUACAAACCUUUCUGACUGUUGUACUGCUUAAUGAAAUUUCAGUUCAGUGAGCAUGCAUGUACUUGCAAAAUUACGGUCUUUUCAGCUAAUGAACACAAGGUCAUUUGGCCCUAAUUGGGAUGGAGGCUUGACAAAAUAAUUGUCCGUUACAUCCCACGCACCAUUUGAUGUUUGUGCUUUGACAAAACUCACUGACUCUCAGAAAACAAAUUAUCCUUCAUCAGAUAAAAGAUGGGUACGGCACUGAUUUAUGCAAACGUUUUCCACUCAGACUUUCAACUGAUAGGAGAAGUUGAAUGUUGUAAAUGGCAAAUUGUAUGUGAAUGGGAUGAAGUUGUUGAGAUGUCAGCAUUGCAUUGGAGUUCCUCUAGCAACGCAAGGCAACUGCUCCAUUGAGUAACGGGGGAAAAGUGGUUUUAAAUUUAAAUUAAAUAAAUUUGCCAUUGGCAUUCAAUAUCAGGGUGUUAUAUGAGUACUUUGACAGUUUUUUUUGGGAGGGGAGGGCGGGGUCAUUGUCAAGGUAAAGUGCCAGAUUAUUUGACUUAUUGGGCUUUUGCAGCCAUGGAUCAGUGAUACUAAGAAAUGGUGCCAAUUUCAAUCUUUUCUCAUUCAGUUCCCAUGGAAGUUAGGGACUGUAUAUUUAUCAUUAUAUUCACAUUAUAUUUCAGAGCAACUUUUUUCUGGAAUUUUAAAUAUCCAGAGGUUAUUUAUUGUGUAUUGUAGGUCAUAUUUUUAAUAUCACCUACAGUAUGUCCUAAAGUAAAAAGCAGUAAGAAAAAAAAAAAAUGCUUAAUUUUAUAAUUACACAAAUUUUCACUCUACACCAGAAAUCUCUCUUCAAGUGCAUAAAUUAUACCUUGUGUUUAGUUUGGUGGAACAAUCUCCCCAUUCGUCUACGAACCGCUCAGUCAAUGCCUAGUUUUCGUCAUGGUCUGAAGACACAUCUCUUCAGACUCUACCUUGAGUAACAUUGACACUGCACUUCUGUGUAGGGCUACAGCUAAUCAAGUAGCUCUUUCGUGACACGCUUGUAUCUUGUAUCUUGAUCUUAUAGCACUUUCAUUGGAGCACUUAUAUCUUGAUCUUGAUGUUGUAGUGCUUUUGUAGUAUGUUAUAUUAUCAUGCCUCCCUUUUAGCUUAAGACUUAGCCAUAGCUUUAUUGUGUGAACGAGAUUGGAUAUUCAUGGAUAUGGAUAGUUGCUACUUCAUGACAGAAUUGUACUUUAUCUGACCUGGGUUUCUAUUUGUUCCAACUAUCAUCGGUAUGCAAUUGUAUGUUGCUUUGGAUAAAAGCGUCUGACAAAUGAAAUGUAACUUUGCAACAAAGGAUAGACACGUGUUUAAGCAAGACCUGCAUGGAUUCAAUUAAGCUUUUAACAACAAUUUCUCUGUCUUCAUUUACCGUGUUACUGUUAUAUAGUGCAUUUUUAUUGUUGUAAGGUGCAAUCGCUGUCAUUUCAGCAAGCUAACAUCUUACUAAUAGUGCCAGCCAGAUAGCUCGCUAGCAAUAGUAUUUCGCUAGCUAGUUUUCUAUGUAGCAAGACUUAUUACUUUCGGUAUCCAAGUUACAUAGUACCUAACUUUAAUGCUGCUAGUUUCACCAAAGUCAGCAUCUCAAACACUUGCUAGAUGGUACUUCAGCUUAACUUACAGUAGCUACAGUAAGGUUGCUCAACUAGUGAAUGUUAUGUACCCUAGUUAAUGCCUGGCUCUGUAGUGUUACUUUAUCUCCCAUAAAAAGACACAUUUAUAUUGUUUUAUGGUGUAAAUAUUUCAACUGACAAUACAACGUUUUCACCGUGCCUAUUUCUCAGUGAUGGAAUUCUGUACUUUGCCCCUUCAUCGCUGUUGCUGAGGGUUUCGGAGCUCAGUUAAAUGGUAUCAUCAUUUCCUUGACUGGCUGUGUCAUGUCACAUUCAAGAACCAGCUUAGCAAAAUGUAUGUUAAUAUAUUUAGAUGUUCAUACAGGGCUACACAUAUGAAUGUAUUAUGUAUGUUUUUUAUCCACAGAACAUGGUAUUUUACUUUAACAAAAAACUUUUCUCCCCAGCCUAGUUUUCCCUUUAUUAAAUGCACCGUUUCAUAUGUCUUCAUAUUCAAAUUAUUUUUGUAACAUUCUAAAUGUCUUGUUUUGGUUAUAUUUAUUGUCAUAAACAUUAUUAUGUCUGGUCUGUAAUUUGUAAUCUGUUUCUAUCCUUGAAAGCCUUUUCACUGCUAAAACACUCCUGUACUUAAUAGUUGUAACCCUCACAAGUGCAAUGAUGAAUUUGGUGCAAACUUCCUGGCGUGUGUGUGGACACACCCACAGUCACGUAGCUGUAGCUCAGGUCAAAUAUUUGGUGCACAUAUCACUUCUCUUACAUUAUUAGGGUACACAGCCAUGCUGGGAAGAAUGUGUUCAUUCUCAUAACUCUUCACUUCAAUUAAAUUAUGUAUCGAUUAGUGCAGACAUGGCCCACAUUACUGUCAGAUAGUUUUCCAAAUCCAUCACAAAAGUAUAGAAAUGAAGCCUUAACUGGUUUAAACAAGUUUUACAGACAAAUGACGGAAUGCACUCAUGCUGUGUUUAGGACUCAAAAUUCAAGAUGGAACAGUUAUUUAGUUUUGCACUUAAAUUGAAUUUGGCACUAGAACGAAGAUGCUCCACUCAUGGCAGUUCUCCAGGCCUGUGUCCCAUCAUAGGCUGUGAUGUAAUGGAGAUUUUCUGAUUGGGCUCAGGCAGUCCAUUGGCUUUCAGGGGGCUAUGUAUUGUGAUGAAAUUAUGUGUUGCACGCUGGUAGACCACUGAUCUGAUGGUUAUUUUGGGCCACAGUUACUCCCAGCACCCCAGCCCGGAUUGUACCACCAGCUGUAGAUGUUUGGCUGAUGCAUGAUGGUACUUUUAAAACAUGAAGGUAGCCGACCACCUUUAUUAAAUGCCUGCCUUAUUCCAAAGAAAGAAGGUUGUUCUGCUGUUGUGGUCCUUUAUAUUAUUGAUGUGUCUAUGAAACGUGUCUGUAAGAACCUAUCUGCAAUAAAUUAAGAAUGUUCAGUGA